AUGGCACGAGUAGGAGGCGCGGUGACGGUGACCAUCCCGCAGGGCACGCUCAGGGGCCGCAAGGCCAAGGCGCCCUCCGGCAGGCCCUACAGCGCCUUCCAGGCCAUCCCGUAUGCACUGCCGCCUGUCGGCCGUCUCAGGUUGAAGGCGAGCUCUCUUAAGAACUACAUUUACUAUGAUCAAUCUCCAGAACCACCAGAAAAAUGGAGUUGGAUACGAAAUGCCACUAUUGAACCUAACGUGGCACCUCAAAUUAACGUAUUUUUGGACAACCAGGACAAAGGAGACGAGGCCUGCCUGUAUCUCAAUGUGUACACACCUAAGCUUCCGACAGGAGCCAGUGCCAAACUGAUUCCAGUCUUGGUCUGGAUUCAUGGACGUGCGUUUAUGUUGGGCUCUGGAAACACGGAUUAUUACGGACGUGAACUCCUGCUUGAACACGAUGUUGUGCUGGUGACACUCAAUUACCGUGUGGGUGCCCUAGGUUUCUUAUCAACUGGAGAUGAGGUGAUCCCAGGGAAUGCUGGUCUCAAAGAUCAAGUGAUGGCCCUCAAAUGGGUCAAGAGUAACAUCGCCAACUUUGGUGGAGACCCACAGAACGUCACAAUAUUUGGCGAGAGCGCUGGGGCGGUGUCCUGCCGGGCCUCACAUGGCGAUGACGUCGCCUAUUUGUUCUACGGACAAUUGUUUAAAGACAUACCCAAGGGACCAGAAACGGUGGAAGGAAAAGCAAUAGCGCGUAUAACCCGCAUGUGGACGAACUUCGCCACUAAGAGGAACCCCACACCAGAUCCUGAAGAUCCCAUUUUGUCUGUGACAUGGACUCCAUUCAAGAAAGACAGUCGGUGCUACUUGAACAUCACAAAGGAUCACAAAGGACAAGCACCAUGA